GUACUGUGAAUAAUCACUCGACCUCCGGACAUGGCACAUUGAAACUUGGAGGUCAGGGAUCACACCUCCCCUUUCUCCCAAGGAGGGGUGGGGAUGUAUUCGGGAUCUGUUAGUCAUCAACCUCGUGUGUGUCAAGAGUUAUGUGCGGAAGAUUCAAUGUUUAACAACAGCGACGCAGAUGGUACUGAAUGCAACGGAAACAAAUCAUUGAAACGUUGCCAGAAAACGACCAAAGGGAAGUCUCACCCCUGCUCGUCCAUUGUGAUAUAAAUCCAGGGUGUCGAGUCAGUUUGGCGUAUGGUCAGGACUGUAGUUCCGAAAUGAACUUGGCAAUAUGUGCGUCAAGCCUGACAGGAUAUUCUGGCGAUCCUGAAGCUUUGGGAGAAUUCUGCAGUACUGCUGCAGCGACCGAAACCUGUGUUGCUCGUGUGCUCGAUGAAUGCCCAAACCUACGCUCCUCCAACACGGCACAAUACAUCACGAUGAUGCAGAACCAGAUUUCCUCCUUAUGUCCUUCUACUAAUGGAGAUGCUACAGCUGAAGACGACUGUCAACCUGGGUACAUGGGGAGACUCAUGACGUGUGCGGCGCCAUUACCGAGUCUGGACAUGAACCCAAAUAGUGCGAACUACCAACAGUCUUGUCGAGAAGGCCUUGCAGCCGUGGAUUGUUUGGAGGGCGUGUUCAAUAGUUGUUCCAGCAAACCGGAGAUCCAGCAAAUGAUGGCCAGUAUGGACACUGCCACCUUGAGGAGGAUGCUCGGCAGCUGUAGGUUGAAUCAGUGAACAGACCUAUGAGCACCUGGACAACAGCUUUGCAGGAAACUACAUCUGAAAGCAUUGCAGUAUGGUUCAUUUGAAAUAAAAGAGUAAUUCGUU